GGAAGGAACCCCACCAGCCAGUGGCCCUGCCACUGCAGCCCCUCUGGAACUGCCUGACAGCCUGGCCAGCGCACCCCUGGUCGAUCCCAGGAGCUCCCCUGCUGCCCCCGCCUGCCCCCCCGUCCCAGAGGAGAAGCAAGCUGGGGGUGGUCAGCAAAGCCCUGAUUCCCUCCCUCCCCAGAGGAGAAGCAGAGGAGACUUGGGCCUGUAUCCCCGGAGGAGCCACAGGCUGGGCAGCACAGUGUCCCCCUCCUACUGGAGGACCAAUGGUCAGGGCUGGGCAGUUGGGACUGGGCAGCACAGCCCUGGCUCCCCACAGAGAAACCACUGACUGAACAGUGUGAUCCCAGGGAGUUGGCAUCACUAGAGCACCUCUGCCCUUGCCACCACGGGGGGCUCCGGUAAGCCUCUCCAGACGUUCCAGCCACCAGCCCUCAUUCUUGCAACCCCCCUCUGCUGCCCAAAGCCCCCACAAAGACCUGAGAAACAUCUGGUAAAUCCUCUAGUUUUGCAUAUUUUUCAUUCCUCUCUCCCCUGUGAUGCUUUCAACCAGCUCAUCUUUGGGAUUAUGACAUCCUUUCAGGUGAGAUUAUGACGUAGUGGUCAAUGUGUCAGUUACCACCCUCUUGGUUAUUCCUCCCAUUGCUUUCUCUGCUGCGGCUCUUCGAACAUUGACUUGUGGGAUUGUGACAUCCAAUCUAGUAGGUUUAAGACAUCAGACAUGAGUUAAUCACUUCCUCUUCCUAUUAUUCCCAUAUUCCUUUAUUGUAACUUUCAGCAAUCCUAGGAUUUUAAAUGCAUAUAUACAUAUGAUUCAGACACUUACCUUGUCUAUGUUGGUCUGAAACAAUAGAUGUAAUAUGUCAUGUAAAAUGGUGACAUCAUUUGUAAAACUCCUGAUAUUAUUCAAGUAUGUAAUACUGUAAGGGUCAGGGGCCUCAGCUGAGGUUAAGGGGCCAUUUGCUAAGGGAAGUAUAAACAUAAAACUAUAGCCAACAUGGUGCCUGUAACACAAAAUCCAUAGAACAACUGUAUGAUUCUGAUGCAGCAAGGCAUUUAAACAGCCUUAUCCUUAAAGAGUGAAAAAUAUACUUAUUUUUCAACACAGAUGGUUGAGUUUCAGCAGAGCCUGGAUACUAACACAAUGAAUGCUCAUUUCUCAAGAACAGAUGCCACAAAUCUUGAGAAUGACAAUUUGCAGAUUUCACAGGAAAUACAAAUGACCAAAGAACUAGAGAAGGAAGCUCUACCUGUACAUGUCACAGAUCGGAUAUUUUUCGUUGAUUUAGCCAAUAAGCAACAGACUACUAUCCCUUUACACAUCUUAGAACUGGAGAAUCUGGAAGAGUUGCACUUGGAAAAAAACUUAAUUGAAAGCAUCCCAGGAGACAUCCAUCAUCUUAAGAAGGUGAAAGUUCUCUAUCUGAAUAUGAACUCCAUACGCGACAUAUGUGAACAACUUGGAGAGCUGAAAUCUCUUCAGAGUUUAGAUUUAAGUAGCAAUCCUCUCUCUUACAGUUCGCUGCAUAUCAUCAGCAAACUGCGGGCUCUUCGUCAGCUCAGGCUCUAUGAUGUAAACUUGGAUGAGUUUCCAGUGGAGAUCUGUAAAUGCCUCCAUCAUGUUGAGCUGCUUGGACUCUCUGGCAAUAAUCUAAGGUACUUGCCAAAAGAAAUAGUGAAUCUGAGAAAACUUAAAGAGAUCUACCUGCAAAAAAACAGAUUUGAAAGUUUUCCUCUGGAGCUUUGUCAUCUUCCUAAUCUCAAAAUAAUAGAUCUGGAACAAAAUCUAGUGAGUUUUAUCCCUGAAGAGAUUGUCUCUUUGACAAACUUAGUGAAACUAUUUUUAGCUUUCAAUAACCUGUUAUCAAUCACUGAUAAAUUGCAUCAUUGCCAGAGACUGACUGUGCUUGAUUUGUCUAAUAACCUUCUACGUAGGCUCCCUCGUAGCUUCAAGCAGCUCACAGAAAUGAAUGAGCUUGGUCUGUCUGGUAACAACUUAGAAAAGUUUCCACAUCAAAUUUGCCAUUGGAAGUCCCUUUGCCUUGUUUACCUGAAAAACACUGGCUUGCAAAUGCUACCAUCUUCCUUUGCCAGAUUAACCUGUAUCAAGAUAUUAGAUCUUAGUGAAAAUUUCUUUGAUGAAUUCCCUAAAGAGAUUUGUGCUAUGGAAAAUCUGGAAAUAUUGUCACUGGAUGACAAUCAAAUAUGUGAGAUACCUCCAGAGGUGACGGGACUCCCUAACUUAAAAUGUCUUGGUCUGACUGGAAACAGAUUCAGUGUUUUUCCAGAGGAAGUCUUUCUCCUUGAGUCAUUAGAGAAAUUAUAUUUGGGACAAGAUAAAGGGAUCAAAUUCACGACUCUACCAAAAGACAUCAGCAAACUGCAGAAUCUGAAAGAGCUGUACCUAGAGAACAAUUGUCUGGAGUACCUGCCAUCUUCUAUGGGCUUGCUGAGCAACUUAGAAAUAGUUGAUUGUCACAACAACUUCCUUAAAGAACUCCCAGACUCCAUAUGUCAAGUACAAGGUUUGCAAAAAUUGUUUGUUCAGAACAAUCAGUUGUUCCAACUCCCAGAAAACUUGGACAGUCUUCAGAAGCUGCAUCUUGUCUUGUUGGAUGGGAAUCCUAUGACAGAUCCUCCAGUUGAGGUGUGUAGCCAGGGGAAGGUGGCUAUCUGGGAGUAUUUACGGGAAAAGAGGAAUCAAAAGGCCAAGGCUACAAAGAUCCAGGCUUGGUGGCGUGGGCAGAUGGUGAGGAAGGGGCUUGGAAAUUUUGCUGAGCUUCAAAAACUGUUAAAGAAAGGAAAGAAAGGAAAAGAAAAGGGAAAAGAAAAGCCAGGCAAAGGCACAAAGGGCAAAAAGUAAUACUUCUCUAUAUGACUUGUACAUCAAACUGUUUAGAGCCCUUCUACAUAGGUGGGUAGAUACAGAGAGAAGCAAGAAAAUAAGGGAUAAUCAACAUUAAUAUUUCCAGAACAGUGAUUAUUAAAAUUAAAAUAUAAUGUAGGGUGUUUUAUGGCCAGUUUUGUUCAUGUGUCAAAAUUAUUUCAAUUAAAUUAGGUUAGAUGAUAAAAUAAUAUAUAUGAUUGCAAAGCACAAGGGCAAUUGACUAACUGAAAGCAAAUUGUAUCUGCAGAGCUUUGUGCUGACCAGGGGUACAUCUAGACUACGUCUUUUUCUGAAAGAUGAUAUGCAAAUUUGGUGCUAAUUUGCAUAUCUUCCCAUCACUUUUUCGAAAGCGGGUUUUUUGAAAGUGAAAGAAGUCUGGACGUGUUUUUUGGAGGGAAAAAUCCCUUUUUCGAAAAACCGUAUAAACCUCCUUUUUUUUUAGGAAGAAUGGUUUUUUCGAAAUAUCUUCUCAAACCCCUCCCCCCCUGCAUCCAGACUACUUUCACUUUCGAAAAAGCAUUUGGAAGGUAUGCAAAUUUGGCGCUAAUAUGCGUAUCUCCUUUUGAAAAAACGUAGUGUAGACGUACCCUAAAUGCUUUAAAAUUCAUGUCUUCUGUAAUGAGAAUGGUCUUACUUUCAUAAAAAUGGCUGGCCAUACUGGGUCAGACCAAUGGUCCAUCUAGCUCAGUAUUCUUCCUAUCUUCUGACAGUGGCCAGUGCCAGGUGCUUCAGAGGGAAUGAACACUCACAGCCUACUCCCAGCUUCUGGGAAACAGAGGCUAGGGACACCUAUACAUGCAUUGCAUGCCUGCUCAUCCUGGGCUAUUAGCCACUGAUGGACCUAUCCUCCAGGAAUGUGUUGUCAUUUUGGCCUUUACCACAUCCCCUAGCAAAGAGUUCCACAGGUUGACUGUGCAUUGCAUCAAGUAGGACUUCUCUUUGUUUGUUUUUAAACCUGUUGCCUAUUAAUUUCAACUCCAUGUACUGUUAUUAUGUAAAGGAGUAAACAUUUUUCCUGAAAAAAUGAGGAAGAAUGGCUUUUGUGGAAGGGGGGGGGGGGUUGUGCAAAAAGGAGCAGUCUACUCAGCUUCUUUUUGUGCAAAAGCUUCUUCUGCAAAAGUGGCUGCUAAUUAAUUAUUCAAAUGAAGCACGGCGAUAUUCCAUGCCAUGCUUCAUUUGUAUAAGCUUUUCCGGAAGAAGACUACAGUGUAGCUGUAGCCUAAGAGUGGGGAGACCAUGAGCACCCUUCCACCCAAGGCUUCACCUGUCACUUACCCUUACAGCCAGUAAAAACUCCUACCAUUCCAGCACCCCUGUCAAAGAGUCACUAGGAGGACUCUGUCAUGGAGCCGGGGAGGAGGGGGGAAGGGGUCUGUGCUCUACUCACCGCUGGGUGGUACAUCCCACUAGCAUUUAGAUCCAGCCUAGUUCAGCACUGCUAUGAUUUUCUCUUCUUCCCACAUUCCACUCUCCUCCCACUCCACAGACUUGCAGUAUAGCUGCUUUGUGAAUCAGCCCACUGGACAGCUCACAUCAUAAUUUCCCUUCUAAGGUAGUUUCUCAAGGUCUCUGUCCAUGUACAGAAUCAGGCGGGACCUCACACUUGCUACCUUGACUAGGUUACUCCUAUAGCAACUCUGGUAGUUUCCCCAUUCACUGCCCCUAGCAGCACCACUCUGCGGUAGAUGAUAGGGGAACCCAUGCCAACCCUCUCCUCUGGAUUCCAGUUCUGGGCCUAGUACCAAGCCAUUAAGGUCUGUGUCUACCCCUAUCUUACUGCUCUCAUCUCUAGACCAGGGGUUUUCAAACUUGGGUCACAGCCCUACAAGGGAAAGCCCCAUUCCAACCUGUGAUAUUUUGUUUACUCUACAGCUCCACAGCCAUG